AUUGCAAGUCCACUCCAGCUCUUUUUGCCGUGGCACCGAUGGUACAUCUACUUCUUCGAGAGGAUCUUAGGGAAACUGAUUGGGGACGAAAGCUUUGCGCUUCCUUACUGGGACUAUGAUCACCGGGAUGGUAUGGUAUUCCCUGAAAUCUAUGACGUGCCUCCCCUCUUAGACGAAAAACGCGAUCACCAUGCACGUGCAGGAAAACAUGUAGAAAACUAAGUGAAUCUACGUUAUAGCUUGAAGAAGUAUACACCCCCCGAUUCAAUAGACAAACUGGUGGAGGGGAACCUUUGUUAUUUGCAGAGAAUCUUCAAAGAGGGAGCGAAUGAUCCAAAGCUGUUUAUUGGAGAAAGGCCCGAAGCAGGGCAGGGGAGCGCUGUUGCCGGUUCACUGGAGAACUUGCACAUCGUUCUACAUCAGUGGGUGGGGAAGUGCGAAUCACCCAAUUUCGAUAUGGGUAACUUCAUCACAGCAGCACGGGACCCUCUCUUCUAUGCGCACCCACACGAAUGUGGAUCGCCUGUGGGAGAUCUUCAGGACCCAAUUUAUGAAAAUGCCGGAUUUCAAAACCCACAACCCUGACUGGCUGGAGGCCAGCUUCAUCUUCUACGACGAGAACAGGAGGGUGGUGAAAGUCAAGGUAAAGGACGCACUUGAUAUUACUAAACUCGGAUACUCAUAUGCUGACCUGUCUGUCCAAUGGAAGAAAGCUAUAUGCAUAGUUCCCAUACCCCAGCCCAUAACCAACGAGGCUCGAUUGGCAGAAUUCGGGUCCAUGACUAGGGCCCUUGCAGAAUACCCCAUCCGCAUCUUGGUUAAACGGCCCAACUCAUCCCGUCAUAAGUCGGACAUAGAGAAGACGGUCGAGGUCGUGGUCGUCGAUGGCAUCGAGGCGGAACACACAAGCUCCACCUGGUUCGAUGUCUACAUCAGCACGCCUGAGAAUUCUACCGACGUUGGAGGCUUUUCUGGGAGCUUUAUAACUGUGGCUCAUGGGCACGGACAUGGGAAUACAGCUGACAGUACGGCGAAGAAGCUGAGCUUGAAGCUUGGAAUAACGAACUUGGUUGCGGAGCUCGAUGCUGAGAUUGCCGAGAGCCUCGUCACGAUGUUGGUGCCACAAACGGGGCUUUUUCUCAUUGAUGGGGUUCAUAUUGAGCAGAACAAUAUUAAGUAAUUUCUGAGGCGUUUGUAUUAAGCUAAAUAAAGAGUUAAUCUACUCAGAUUGGGCAUUGCUAGCCUUAUUGUGUUAU